CAACGAGGAACGCGGAGAAAAUCUUUAAUUAUGAGUGGACGUGUGCAGAAAGAAAGUGCCGAUGAUUCUGAUCGUAUUGACGAUGCAGUGGACCCUAGAGUGCAGAUUGAACUUGAAAGAUUAAAUACCGCUACCGAUGACAUCAAUAAACUUGAAGUUGAUUUGGAUGAAGCGAGAGCAACGUUCAGAGAACUACUUUGUGAAUCUACCUUGAAAAUUGAUACUUUAGCUAAAAAACUUGGUUCUUGUAUUGAAAAAUCUAGACCGUAUUACGAUGCCAGGUUUAAAGCAAAAGAAGCCUUACACGAAACACAGAAAGCUGCAGUCAGAUUUGAAAGAGCCAAUAGCCAGCAUGCAGCAGCUAAAGAAAUGGUUUACUUGGCCGAAGAAGGAUUAAGGACCGAAGGAAGAUGUUUCGAUCAUGCCUGGCAGGAAAUGUUGAAUCAUGCAACUGCUAGAGUUAACGAAUCGGAACAUGAAAGGGCUUUAUCGGAAGCCGAACAUAGACAUACCACUGCUUUAUAUCACAGAGCAGAACACGAAGUUCAAAGAUUACAGCGUGAAUUAAAACGUGCAAUUGCUAAGUCUAGUAUGGGUGCACGUCGCAGCUUGCUUCUGAUAAACAGUAUCGCCUACAGACACAACUUGCUCAUGUUGCCAUAUUACGAAAUGAAAGCACAUUUUAAUCAAAUGUUGGAAGAACAAAAAUUAAGAGUAAGCGCGUUAGAAAGAUCAGUGGGUGAAGCUAAAAUGACCUAUGCCGAAGCAUUGAGAAAUCUCGAAAAAAUCAGCGAUGAAAUUCAUAGGACGAGAAAGUACGACGGAGCAGAAGAUUUUAGUAAAAAUUCAAGAGAUGGAGCCGAUCAGUCAUCUGUACAACCUCGUACAGCAACUCCAACAGACUCGAGUGUUACUGGAUCACCUGAUAGUACAGACUAUACUAGCGACGAAUAUUUACGGCUUCCUGAUAAAAUGAGUCCUAGUACACCGUGCCCUGUGCCUACAAGAUUCGACAGAGAACCUUCUUCCGAAUAUUUGGGCCUAAGCAAUUUGAAUCUCUCUUCUACGGAACCUCGAAAGUACAUAAAGCGCGACCGUCCAAAAAGUAUUGCAGCAACUGAUACAAAACAUAUCAUUACGUUAAAUCAUACGAGUUCUUCGACCUCCCGACUGUCGGAUUUGUCGAAUUUGUCGAAUUUGUCGAAUUUGUCGAAUAUUCUUUCUCCCAUAGAAAAGAAAGUGAAAAUUCAGACGCCAAUCGAUAGAAAUAACGGUAAUUCUAGCGUACAAAAUGGAGAGGAGUGGACAGAGAUCAGCUUAAAUAAUUCUCCGGAUGAGAUGUACUACAAUAACGAAGUAUAUUCCGACGAAGAAGAUCAGAUUCCUUACAAACCGUUACCGAUGGAUUUAAGUCCUGAAAGUAACAAUCCGCCGGUGAACAGUGAAAAUACUCGGUCGUUGAAUGAUGCGUCUGGUCGGAAAAAAUUGAUAACGCAAAAAUCAUUGCCUACCAUGUUGAAGGGAAACGAGGUUUCUUUAAGUAGCGAAAAAAAAGCGGAAGUAACAAGGAGUCCAUCGAUGAAAAGUAAAAAUAAAAUCGAUAGCAGUUUAGCUAAUUGGAUAACUCGAAGUUCAGCGGGCGGCGAAGCCAGUGGAGGUAGCUCAGCAAAUUCGAGUAGAAGACAGUCGCUUGACAUGUUAUGGAGCGCGGGAACCGGCGAACGAGUCAAAGAAUUGUUGAAUCAUGGGAUGAUGAUGUUGAACAUAUCUAGCCUUACGGAGCGACGUUUCAACGAACCAAAGACAGCAGAGAGAGACAAAGAAAAGUCUGAAAAGUUUGAGAAAGUUGAAGGAAAAGGGAAAAAAGUUCCUAGCCCUUUGGAAAAAACAAUGACCUAUUUGAAUGCAGACGAAGAAACAUCUGAUAGCGAAAGUUUAGCAAGCGUGGAAAUGUUAACGGAGGAUCAGAUUUCUUCACUUAUGAUGGAACCAGAUAUGAAUCAAGUAUGUCAAGAAAUUCUGGGAACCCCUCUAGUUGAGGUUUGUCCAUUGUUACAACAGUUACAGCAACAACAAUAGCACUCCUUUGAACGUUAUUGAGUGAAUGAAAUGAAACAAAGAUACAACAAUAGAAAGUGUUCAAAAACCAUGAUAAAAGGACGAACUAGUUUAGGUAUAGUAUUAUUUACGAAUUGAAUUUAGCUAAAUUUAACUCAUUAGUUCCUGCACUUUUAUUAUGCCUACGUGAGAUAGGAAGAAGAGAUUUACGUACUUUUGAAUUUUCAACUUUAGAAAAUCAUUGCAACUGGAAACUGAGUUCAGAAUGUUUUAGUACAGUUUGUACAUAUAGAAACGUUUGAUUUUAAUCAUUGACGUGCUAUUUAAUAUAUCGCGAAUAUCUUACAGCCUAACGAGAUUUCUUAUACAUAAGUGUAGUGCAAAGAAAUGUUGAGAUUGUUACUGAAACGUUACAAAUGUCAUUCCGUUAAAUAAAUUCGACACACGUAAGAUUUAGUAGAACGUAGAAGACUUGAUCGACAGCAAAAGCAAUAUGUAGCAAAUUUUAGGUGAAUAAGUUUUUCUUCGUUUCACUGAUACAUUUACGUUCAAACGUAUCCGCAACAACAAAUGUAUGUAUGUAUGUAUGUAUGGAUGGAUGUAUGCGUGUAUAAUGAGAAAUUGAAUUUUUCCAUUUAUUAUUACGAGAUUUAUCAAUGAACAGAUCCUUGGUCUUUCUGUGUUAAGAGUACAACUAUAUAAGCAAUUCGUUUUUUAUAUUGCCAAAUGUGCGAAAGCAGCGCCAGUCGAAUAUUAAAUAAAAUAGCAGUUAUAAUGUUGGUAAUGGUAAUGUCUUAUCAUCUUCUUCGAACGGCUAAGUAGUAUUUCUUUAGAUAGGACAAGAUGAUUCUGAAUAGAAGGUUGACAAGUGUGCGGCAAGUUCGACAAGUUCAACGACGAGCAUGCUGUACCACGUACCAAGCUUUAAUACACUUACUAAUUGUACUAGUAUUCAUCAGCUAAGCUUAACAAAACAUUUUUAGUGAAUCUUUCCUAGACUCUGAUGAUGAGAGAGAGUUAUGUAGAUUAUAAUAUAGCUAUCAAUUAAGUAAGUACCUUGUAGUUGUCAGAGUAUGUAUCUAAAUCGUAAUUAAUAUAUUCGAAUAAUUAUCAUGUAUGGACUUGGACAAUUGAACCGAUUCAAGCAAUUAUUCUGUAACAGUUGAAUAAUUAUAGCUUGUACAGAAUGCUCAAAAGAUAAAUUGAGACUUAAUUCUUAUCAUUUUAAUCACUGUGCAAUAUGAUAUAGAUGCAUACGAUACGUAUGUUAAUAGUUUUAGAUAGAGUUGGAUCGUCCAAUUACGUUGAGAAAAUAGUCCGAGGAAAGAUUGCAUGCAAUAUGCCAUUUAAAAAGAGUAAUAUAUAAAAAUGUGUAUAUACAUAUACAUAUACAUAUACAUAUGCAGAUAUUAUUUAUUUUUAUCGCAUAAUUUUAUGUACACAAUAUUUAUUAAUAUAUUAAAUAAGUCGUCAAGAAAUUUUUCUAUGAGCAAUUCGCAAAUCGACUAAACAAAUGGCCUUUCCAUUAUAAAAGGAAAACUAUACCAAAGAUUACGAAUAAAAAUAUUUAAUAGCCAUUCGAAGAAAUUUGUUGUUUUGUUACUUUACAAGACAUAAAUAGUGCGAUAGUAGAUAGUUGUUAAUAAAAAUUAAUAUCUUGUUUAUGAAUUGUUACGCUUUGUUUCUUUCUUUCUUUCUUUCUUUGAUUUUUUUUUUUACAAGAUUUUAUGAUAAACUUUGAUGUAUACGUAUACAUAGAUUAUUCAUAUGUAUACAUAUAGAAUGUUAAAGAAUUUGAAUCUUUUGAUGAAAAACAUUUUUUUCAACGAUUACUUUUACAUUUCCUUAAAUUUUUACUCUCAGCUCCAUUGUGAUAUACUAAUCACAGUUAUGUAAUUUUAUAUACAUAUGUAUAUCAGAGAAUUGAAGAAAUCGAGUGAAAUUAAUCAACAUCAUGUUGUAUAUUAAAAUUUCAAACUAUUGCCAUAAAAAUUGAAAACAUAAUCAUACUGUUACAUUUGACGCGAGCCGUAAACAGUCAUGCUCCUAAAUUGUAUUUUACUAAAUACAAUUUUUUUGGCUAAAGUGUGAGGAAAAACGCAGUUACGUAUAAUGCAGAUCGUAUAAUUAUGAACAAUGAUUGUAAAUAAUAAAAUAUUGUAUAUGUGACUGUAACUAUGUAUAUAUUGUCAUCUUCAUUAAAAUAUGGUUGCAAAAG